CCGGGUUUAUGUAAAGGCCGUUUAUCAACUAUUUAUUUAAUCUUCUUACAUAUGCGAUUCAGUAGCUACUGCCGUGACUGUAAGGAUUAUAAAGCCUCUUAUUGGGAUUUUUUGAAAGAAAAUAGCGAGAUACAUGAUUAUGUAAAAAGCUGAAAAGGACGAACCACGGUUUUGGAUGAUUUAAAAACAUAUGGAUAGAAAAAACAGUUGUGUUACGAUGAAUUGACGACUUUGCCGAGUACAGAUUCGAGAUUUCUUCUUCAACUCGUGACGUCACUUCCUGAACACUGAAUCAGUAACCAUGGAUACGGAUUACAUAGAAAAGAAGGUCGCGCACCUGGACACGUUUAGUAUACCUAAAUUUGACCAGCAAGCCCUCGUGGCCAUCAAGGAAAAAACACAGCGCACCAAGGGGAGCAAAGUGAAGCUACAGCUGUCACCGGACGGAUUGAGAUACAUGAAAAGCUCUAUGAUUCAGGGAAAAAUGUUAUUGGACUACAUACCUAUGAACAUGCUUAAGUUUUUCUCCAUCGAGAGGAAUAACCCGGAAGUGCUCUUCGUUGUUUCUGUGAGUCUCCAGGACGAUUCAUCGAAUAAGUUUAAAGUCAAUGUGUUCCGCUGUAACGACGCUAUGGAGGCCAGUCUGUUCGCGACCGUCUUUCAGCGAAUAUCCUCCAACCGUCAGGCGGUCACUGUGGUCCGCACUAAGGCACCACCGACAGUCAAGGAGGACGAGAUCAACUGGACGCUUCGUAACAAGGAAGUGGACAAUUCGAAACGAGAACUCCGACAGAUGGUUGACAUAGGUAACGGCGAAAAACAUGAGCAAGUUGUUACGACCACUCUCGUAAACGGCGAUGGCGACGACCAGCAUGUUGUUGCUAAUGGACAUUCGGAAGUGUAUGAACAUGGUGUGAGAAUUCCUCUGUACCGGAAAGGGAAGCCAACACGGUCUGAGCGCGACUCUUUUGACACGGAGUCUGAGGUGUCGGAGAGCGCUUUACGAUUAGAGCUCGAGUCUCUCUCGCAUGAGCUUAGAGAUAUUAAGGUCAUGUUGGAGAAAAACACCGGAUUGACGACGAGCUCAGAGUUAAGUACGCCCCGCGAUAGCGGCGAGCGGCCUGUAAAUGUCCAGAUCCACAAACACACAGUCGCACCGGAAGUGGUCGUGUACCGGAAGGAGCAGCCCCGUGAUAGAGUCGAGAGGGUCGUUUUCUCGGAUGAUAGGCCACGGGAGAACGGAUAUACCGUUUCGAGUUCGGGAUCAACUACUCAUGUACGCGUAUCCGUUCCCGACUACAGAGCCGUCACCGAGCGCAGCACUUCAGGUGCUGGUGAGGAGAGGGAUUAUGAAGUUAUUAGAGCCACGAGGCCGUCAACGACAUCUUACGAGCACUGGAAACGUAAUACCGUAGAGCGAGGUGCUGUUCGUCAGGUGAAUGACGUCGCCGAGCGCAUUCAAUGGAGGUCGAAACCAAACAGGAAGACUCACGUGAUCUCGAGCACCACGCGCCCACGGUCAGCGCUCCCGUCCUGGUCCUCCGAUGCCGUCGACAGCGCUCAGAUGGUCCAGGUUCGCCAUCAUUCGGCCGGCGUCGGGCCCGUCUAUGGACGCGUGUCGUUCAAUCCGCGCGUCGCCAAAAUGCAAGAGCGAAAAUCGCAGUCUCUCCGAGGCGUCCAUGGUAUCUCAUCCAGCACCGUCGUGAGACCGAUCGACAAAGUAUACGUUGGACGUGGGGACGCCAAACACCACAGUCUGUCAAGCCGCGGACGCGUUGCGCUCCGGCCAUCCAUAGUUGUUAAAGAUAUUGACAUUGAAGAUGAGGUUCAGCCACUCCAUGUUGAACAUAACAAUAACGUCGUUAAAGCUGACGACGACCACUUAUUGGACGUCAGCGGACUCGACUUGUACCAGGAGACCCCCUCAAACGGAGCGGUGAUUCGCACUUGAUUCCAAACAUCAGAUGCAAAGUAAUAUUUUGGAUUAUAAAAUAGUAUGACCUCGAUAUAACGACGAUCAUAAUUUGUAAAUACAGAACAAAUCGUGCAUAUAUCCCCUCUACAGGUUACUGAACAUGUUCAACAGUUUGAUUAGAACUCAUGUAACGUACUUAUAUUCAUAUAUUGUGAAUUAGAACUUCAUUCAAUAUGGAAUGAGCUUUGCGUGUACAGUGGGAAUGUUGGAUAUUAUAGAUGUGGUCAGUACUCGCGACGCGGUUUUUGCGGUAUCUGAGAUCGUAAAUAUAUGGAACCUGUUAUGUAAUACAACACGGUGGUUGUAUGUCGAGAAACUGGAUAUAAGUGAUUAUUUGUAUAUGGAAGCGUAUGAGUGAAAAGGUUCUAUCUUCGUCUUUGUUUAAAUCUCACUAGGAACUUUUUACUCUCAACCCGCGAUAUGUAUGUGCUGGAUGUUUAUCAUUUUCGGCAGUUUAAAUUCAAUGUCUAAAAAGAAGUGCAUGUAAGGUUUUGAAAGAAGAUUCGUUAUUACUUUGUGUGCAUUUAAAUCAAUGGACUUGAAUGGGCGUUGUGGGUGUGGGUGUCGUUAAGGAAAUAGACGGCCAUUACGAUGAUUUCUCGUAAUGAUUUAUUUAAUGUUAUUCACUAUAACGCGGCAUCAUAUCAGUUAUCUAAAACAAAAAAUGCAAUAUUACUUUUUUGAAUUUAUAUAUUUUUAUACAGAAAAUGAUAUAAGAAACAUUUUUUUUGCCUUCAAAGAUUGUAAAAUAUGUCGUUUACGUCCGAUUUCAGUUGAUAUAAAGAGCAUUUGUAUUGUUAUUACUUUUUAAGUGAAGUCAUUUCGGUAAACAGUAAGCAUAUACAAUUCAAAUGAUACCAACAUUUUAUGGGGCUUCAACAUUUAGAUUAAGGUUAAUACAGCUUUUGGAGAACUAGGUUAUUUAUGGGUCGGAUACCUUAAUGGAAUAACAACGUUUAUGAUAGUGCAUAGAAAUGGUAAACAUAAGUAACCUGUUAGAGAAUAUGUGAUCGGUGUAUGACAAAAUGUAUCUUGUCUUUUUUAACGUUAUUGUCAUAACCUUGUCACAACCUCGUCACAACCUUGGUCUCUUGUCGUCGGCGUCACCAACAGGACCACCAUUUAAACUCGACUCAAUGUACUUCCCUUUCUCGGUAUAUAUUUCGGUUAUAACUCGUCAAGUCGACGUAAAACAAAUCGAAACGAUGACAUGGUCACACUACCAGAUAUAGGAUAUAUAUAUACUCUUCAAUAAUAUUCGAGUUAUGAGAUGAACGGACGAGCGUUGACAGCCGCUUCUGUCUCUUUGCUUUGAAUGUCCAUUGUUUAAACUCGAGCUUUUGUAUUAUUUAUAUUCAAUGGUGUGUUAAACAUCUGGUCUAGUGAAAAAAUUGACAACAUCUGUAAUUCGUGAUAUAUGUUACUGGUUGAUUUUGCAAAAUACUAAUAUUUAAUUUAUCUAUUUUCAUACAUUCUGAUAAUAUAAAACAUAUACCACGUUAUAAAACUGCACGUUCGUAUACAUGUUGGCUAACCCCAUUUGUUAAACAUGUUCCUUAUACAUAUACGAUUAUACAUACAUAUCAAUAAAAUGCUUAUUUGUUA